AUGGGAAGAUUCAAAAGGGUUUGUGUUUUCUGUGGAAGCAAUUCAGGGAAUAAAAAAAUAUUCAGUGACUCAGCUCUUGAUCUUGGAAGAGAAUUGGUGGAGAGGAAGAUGGAUUUGGUGUAUGGAGGAGGGAGUGUGGGGCUGAUGGGUUUGGUUUCACAAACAGUUCAUGACGGUGGAUGUCAUGUUCUUGGAAUUAUUCCCAAAGCUCUUGUACCAGUUGAGAUAUCCGGAAAAUCAGUGGGAGAAGUGUUGACUGUAUUAAGUAUGCAUGAAAGGAAGGCUGAGAUGUCAUCUAGAGCUGAUGCUUUCAUUGCACUGCCUGGAGGGUAUGGAACUAUGGAAGAGUUGCUUGAGAUGAUAGCCUGGUCUCAUCUUGGAAUCCAUGGAAAACCAGUGGGUGUGCUAAACGUUGAUGGUUAUUACGACGGGUUGCUUGGCCUAUUUGACAAAGGCGUAGAAGAGGGAUUUAUCAACCCAUCUUCUAGAACCAUUGUCGUUUCUGCUACAACUGCUGCUGAGCUCAUAAACAAGCUAGAGGAAUACAUACUUCAGCAUCAUCAAGUCGCACCAACGCAAAGCUGGAAAGUAGAGGAAAACCACAACGCAAACUUUUAGCUCACUUCUUUUGUC